AUGAAGAAAUACAUGAAUUUAUUAACAGACACUGCUUACCUCUUGAAAUGUUUGGGUGGAAGAGAUGGAAAAGACCUUCUUCAGAGAUGCCUCACCCAAUUAUUCACAAAUGAGUUGGCUACACAGUGUUCAUGGUUUGGACAACGGGGAAACUUCAAAAUCAAAGACUUGAAUUCAAUAAAAAUAUUAACAGGUACGUAUCGAUGUGAAGUUUGCCAAACGAGAUACAAGCAUGCUACAUCUCUGAGGAAACAUCUAACAUUCGAGUGUCAAAAAGAACCAAAAUUCCACUGCCAUUACUGCGCAUACAAAGCUAAAAGAUUAUACAAUCUACGAAGACAUAUAAAAUUGAAACAUCAGGUGAAAAGAGGAUAUUUCAUGAAAAAAAAAAGUAUUAUUUUGAAAUGUUCUUCGGAAAUAUCUGCUAUCGUCCCUUCACUAGCAAUACCAGUCAGACGAACUAGAAAAGCCCAGUCAGCACAUCCUUUCGUUGUCAACCUCCAAAGAUGUCGAACAGCACUUUAUCAAAACUCCUUCAUCCAUAGAUCGGCUAGGCUCUUUAAUUCAUUGCCUGAGGAAGUAUUCCCAACAAAAUAUAAUCUCCAGAAACCGAAUAGUAUGUCCAAAGUGUGGAAGACACUACAAAAAUAUUUGGACGAUGAGAACUCACGUUUCUCAGGAUUGUGGAAAAAUUUAUAG